AUGGGAAGUAAGGAAUCUCAGACAUGGCUCGACAAGCUCGAGGAGCAGCUCAAUGUCGAUGUCGACUGGAUGGAUCCUGAAUACAUCAAGGCCAUGCCAAUCAAGCCGCAUGACCAGACCAGUAACCAACUCUGGGUUGAUAUCCAACUUAACCACCCAUCCAACGCCGAACUCUUGGUCAAAACUACGAAAGAGCUACAAGAUCAGGGCUGGUUGGCCAUAUACACAAGAAUGGCCGUCUUGAUGUGCAAGAAGAACAUCGACUUGAUCCAAGGCCGUGUCCUGCUUCAAACCCUACCGUCGAAGGCGUACGAUACACAGGCGACUCUAGACCACGCUCGGCUGUACGACAAGGAGUUUGCUAGAGCUGGCAUCAGCCGAGAUCGAUACUGCAUCAAGAUCCCAUCCACUGGCCCGGCCUUGAAUGCAGCCAAAAUCCUGAGCUCUGAGGGAAUCCCAACGCUCGGAACAGCAUUGUUUGGCCUCCCGCAAGCCAUAGCCUGCAGCCAGGCGGGUAUGCUGUACAUCAGCCCGUACUUUAACGAAACUAGAGCACACGAUGAUUUAUCGCUCUGGCCCGACGUUGAAGAUCCCGCGACCCAACAUCCCAUGAGCGCUCGAGUCUUCCAGAUCCUCGAAACGUACCGACGACUAUACAAAGAGACUGGCAAGGAGCAGCCACUUCUAAAGAAUGCCAGUUUCAUCUCUGCCAAAGAAGCCAUGGCGGCGGGGGAGUUGGGCUGCCACUCAGCCACCAUCUCUCAUACCGUCUUGGACCAACUCGCCAAGCUCAAGUAUGAUGGUACCAAGCAGCCCGGUGAGGGCGCGCCCAAGCCUGUCCAUGUAUACAAGAACGCUCCUCCGGCUUCUGAAAGGCUUCGCAAGUUGGCCAAGAUCGAUCCUCUUGCUGCUGCAGAAUGGGAUGGCAAGCUGGCUAGCACUGACAUCGAUUACCUCGCCAACGGCGGCGCAGAACUGGCCAAGGCAAUUGAGGCUGAUCCCAUUACCAAGGAAAGAUUGGCGAUCGCUUUAGAGCUCUUUACUGGUGGUGAGAACAGGAGCAAGGAUAAGAUUGACACGACGCUUCGAGCUCUCUGA